GAUCCAGCAGUUGGCUAGGAUAUUUUGCUGCCAUUGAUGUGGGCCAAACGAAUGUGACCAAAAAUAUAUUGUUUGUCUGUAAGAAAUCAUCUUUAGACAAAAAUGACACACGUGGGAUUCCAAACGCAAAUAGCCGGUAUAAUAGAGGACCUUGCCAAUGCCGCUGUUGCAGAAAUUUGUAAAGUUGUGGAGAAUGGCUACGCUAUUUUACAAAUAGAAAUAUCCCAAAGCCGCAAACAAAACGACGCUUUAAAAAGAAAGAUACAGUUGCUAGAGGCUGAUAUGGAUUUUGCAUCGAAAUACAACCGGGAGAGACUUUCAUCAGUUAAUCAAACUUGUAAAAUUCCUGUUAAAAAGUCACCGAAAAAGAGAUCCAGAACAGUGGACAAUCCUGAAAAUGAAGCAGUCGAAGUUCAUCAAAUGGAUGGAACGUCUGGAUUCAACAGUGAAGAUGCCAGAAAAAUAAAUUCUGGUUGCACAGUGGGGGUGAUUCCUGAUGUCAUUACAAUCAAAGAAGAACGAAUGGUAGACACAAGCGACUGUAUACAUGUGGAUGACAUGGAAGUGCAAAAACACGGAGACAAAUCAGUGGAUGCUCAGCACAGAACAGUAGACACGAUGCCAGAAAUGUUGGACUGCAGAAACAUAGAGUGUGCUGCCAUUGACACAGGUGAACAUAUCAAGGGUGAGAGCCUGGAUGCGUAUAUCAAAGAUGAUGAGCCCCAUAUAUUUGAAGAAUCAGGAAUGCAAGAUGACACAAGGGACACUCUCUCAGAAACACAUGAAGGAUUAUCAACAUCUUAUAGAGGCAGCAAUGACACCAUCAACCAGCAUUCUUUGUUAAACCCUGACCAUGACACAGGCUCCUUCAGCAAUUUCCAUCUUGUCAACUCUCUAUGCCAUGAAGGAAAUAGCUCCAACUGUUCCUACACCACAGCAACAGACCUACACCAAGAGAAAAUGUAUCAUGUUGACAGUUUCAGGCACAGAAGUGAAUUGUCCAGAGACCCUGGAAGUGUAACUCCUGAAUCAACCAUGGUUGGUGAAAUGCCCUCACUCAGUGCUCUUUCUACUACUCUAGAGUACACAGGCGUUCAGUAUAGACCGCAUAAGCAGUGGUUUGCGGGUAAGAAGGGGGGCAAGGCUUGCCAGAGUGGCAGCAGUCUGAUCGAGCACCAGCGAGUGCAUUCUGGAGAGCGCCGCUUUGUUUGCCCUCUUUGUGGCAAAAGCUUCACGCAGGCUUCCAGUCUCAAAAAGCACCAGAGCAUUCACACGGGGGAGAAGCGUUUCCGGUGUUCACACUGCGGGAAGCACUUCUCGGACCCCAGCAACCUCCGCAAACAUGUCAGCAUUCAUACUGGAGAAAGACCCUUCCGUUGUGGUCAGUGCGGAAAAACAUUUAACCAGUCGUCCAACCUUAAAACACACAUGAAGAUUCACACAGGUGAAAAGCCAUUCAGCUGUGAGGGCUGUGGCCAGGUGUUUGCCUAUAAGAUAAGUUUAGUGAAUCACCAGCUAAAGAGCUGCUUAGGUGAGCAGAACUUGAUGGGACAAAUGCACAUGGCGUCCAUGGAGAAAAGACUGGAUUCUAGUAUUUAAUUUCCCUCAAAAGGUCAUAGAGAUGUGUAAAAACUGGUCAAUUUGUAACAUGCAAGUAUGUGAAAAGAUAUUUAUACUUUGGUAGAUGAUUGACAGGUAAUUUGGUUUAUUUGCAAUGUGGUGAUCAAGGGCCUGUUUCUGGAGUUCAUCAGCAGUGACUCCCCACCCUUGAUUGUUUAAGAAUUUGCUUAAUGUACUCAUGUCAUGUCAUGUCUAAAAUGUCACACUCGGUUAUAUUAUGUACCGUUAUGCAGUACAUUUAGUAUUUUUACCUCACCAGAACAUGAACACUCAUUUUAAACCACCAUGACAUUUGGAUGAAUAUACAAAAUGCUGAAUCUUUUUCAUGUAUGCAAAUAUACCCGAGCAAAAUAAUGUUGUGAUGAAGUUAAGGUUAUUUGGAAUUUACAUCAAGUAUUUCACUUCACUGUACCGACACACACAUGCACACACAUUUGGACUAUUUAUCAAACAUUAAUAAAGUGCCUGCUCUGCUACACUUA